CUGUAAAAAAAUUGCUGGCGAACGCUGGCACCCUGGCACUGCUGGCUCGCCGCUCGUUGUAUCGUCGAUCGACUACGUUUGACCCAUCGCAUUCUCCGUGUCGUGCGGCGGUGCUCGCGUUGUGACAGCGUGGCGGAGUGAUCGAGUGAUUUCGCGAACCCAAAAGCAUCGGUGUGUGCGCGUCUCUUGUGGUGAUCGUGGUCGAAACCGUGGCGUCGCCCAUGGCGACUCGGCAUCUCGCGUCGUUCGUGUUGCUAUGCGGUGCCGUGGCACGUUCCCCUCCACGAUGAGCUCCUUUGCCGGCAGCCGGUGUUCGCUUGAAUCGCGAUUCUCGUCUUCUUGGAACGGCACACGUCGACACCGCCCGGCAGCGUUUUAAUGCGCUGCCAUUAUCCGUUCGUCCCAGCGAAAAACGUGCCGGAGUUGGCGAAACUCGAGAUUCGGCCGGUAAGAGUGUUGCAGACGCUCGCCAACCUAAACAGUGAAGGACCCAAGAUGGCGGUGCACGCAGUGGCUGCCGCGGCAGCCGCAGGGGGUGCAAAGCGCAAGGAGAUCUACAAGUACGAGGCCCCCUGGACGGUGUACAGCAUGAACUGGAGCGUGCGGCCCGACCGCCGCUUUCGGCUCGCCCUCGGCAGUUUCAUCGAGGAGUACAACAACAAGGUGCAACUGGUGUCCCUGGACGAAGACACCUCCGAGUUCCUGGCCAAGAGCACCUUCGACCAUCCAUACCCAACCACAAAAAUAAUGUGGAUACCCGACACUAAGGGCGUGUUUCCCGACCUGUUGGCAACAAGCGGUGACUACCUGCGGGUGUGGCGUGCGAGCGAGGAUACGCGGCUGGAGUGCCUGCUGAACAACAACAAGAACUCGGACUUCUGUGCUCCCCUGACCUCCUUCGACUGGAACGAGGUGGAUCCCAACCUGCUCGGAACGUCCAGCAUAGACACCACCUGCACCAUCUGGGGACUCGAGACCGGCCAGGUGGUGGGUCGUGCUAUGGCGGGAGGGGGCGCCGUGUCGGGACACGUCAAGACACAACUGAUCGCCCAUGACAAGGAGGUGUACGACAUCGCGUUCUCUCGAGCGGGUGGCGGCCGCGACAUGUUUGCCAGCGUUGGGGCCGACGGGUCGGUGCGGAUGUUCGACCUGCGCCACCUUGAGCACUCGACCAUCAUCUACGAGGACCCGCAACACCAGCCGCUCCUGCGUCUGGCCUGGAACAAGCAGGACCCCAACUACCUGGCCACGUUUGCCAUGGAUGCCUGUGAGGUGAUAAUCCUUGAUGUACGAGUGCCGUGCACGCCCGUGGCACGGCUCAACAACCACCGAGCGUGCGUCAACGGCAUUGCCUGGGCUCCUCACUCGUCGUGCCACAUCUGCACGGCCGCGGACGACCACCAGGCUCUGAUCUGGGACAUCCAGCAGAUGCCACGGGCCAUCGAGGACCCCAUCCUGGCGUACACGGCCGAGGGCGAGAUCAACCAGAUUCAGUGGGCGUCGACCCAGCCCGACUGGAUCGCGAUCUGCUACAACAGUUGCCUCGAGAUCCUGCGCGUCUGAAAGUGCGGCCAGGCCCGGCAACUCGCUUCUCGGCACGCGAGUGCCGCCAACGCGCGUUACGGAUCUCCGGCGGAUUGAAAGACACUGCGAAGUCGGAUGCGUGCUGGUGCCUUUGCGCGUCGAAUCACUUAACCCAAAGGUUGGCUCGAUCAUCGCACGACAUUUGUCGUUUGCGUGAAAGCGCUACAACUGGAAGCAGGCUUUGCAACCAUGGCCUAGCAGGCACGAAGACGGCAGAAGCGCAUGCGCUGAAGGAAUCCCAUUACUGAAAGCAGACGAAGAUAUUCUUGUGUGCCGACUUCGACAUUGUGAAAGAGGCGGCAGUGCAAAAAAGACGAACAUUGUCUAUUUUGUCGACGUUUGGCAGUUCCGAGCCACGUGUCUCCUCCAUGGAAGAUGGCGUUUAUACCAGUGACUUAUCUGAGGCCUUUGGCUAACUGUGCCAAAUACCGUUAGUUCUUGCUGGCCUGUCUUGCUACAGGCCACGCAUGUCAUCCGAGUGCCGAGCUUGUGGUCGCGCUUUCAUCUAUUCUACUUUCAUCAUCCUCAUCGGGUGUCGCCUCGGCGCAAGACAGUUUCUCAAGUGCGUGCAAUUGAAUUUUCAAAAUGCAUUCUGUGGUAUAUCGAUCGUUGAGGCUGCCUUCCGUAGCAGCGUGUCAUCUGGAAAAGACUUAAGAAGUGUCAUUUUUUGGCGUUUUAUCUUGGUUUUAGACUUUUACACACUAAUAUGUCUUUUACUGUAGCCUCUUUUCGUUUGGUAGGCUCAGAGAUGUUGGAAGAUGCAGUUGACAAAUGUACUUGUGCAAAAGAAAGAUGAGUGGCAGAAAAUGCUUGUAUUGCGUUUAAGCAGUCUCUACAUACGUUGUCAACACGUUUGUGUAGAACAUUUCCAGUCGAACAUCUUCAUUUCUGUUAUGAAAAGUAGCCCACCGCUAAGCAAGCAGCGUUAUGCAAUUUGAACCUAUGCAAGCACGGCCUGUUGGCUUGUUUUAAGGAUGCGCUCUUUUAUUGUAAAGAUCGCUUGCACAAAAUGUUCUGUACUACAGCACUGUACUUGGUCAUUUCAUGUAAUGUACAAUCACGUUGUAGUGUGCAUAAUUGAAAUGCCAAAGAUGUUGAGGGCUGGCAUCUUUUCGCGCAGCGAUGUUUUUUAAAUAGGCUGCGAAGGCCCAGAUAUCUGGGAGGCCAGGUGGUUUGAGAAAUUUAAUUUUUUGUUUUUUACUGCCGCAUUCAAAAGCACGAGAGCAUUUACAUUUAAGGACGUGUGGCUACUUGUUUGAUGCUGUUGACCAAGAACAUUUGUGCUGGUCUAGUUCGUACCGGUUUCAUUGAAGUAUGAAAGUAUCACUUUAGUACUGCGAUUGUUGGAAAACCUUUACAUUACAUACUCUGGAUGAAUUAACGAAUUUACUGCUUGAGCUGUCUGGCGCUAUUGCGUCUGGAAAGGCUUCUCACAUCAUUGCUUGCUUGCAGAUUAAUGCAGUGACAGUGCUUGUCUAUGUUUCUUUUUUUGUCUCAUGUACAGCCUGUGUGUACAGCCCUGUGUGUUAAAGUAUCACUGCGCAUCAGUUCUCUGGCAACUUCUCAGCACAUUCAUGUCAUCUCAUUCACGACGUGACGCCGAUGGCUUGUCACGAAUUUACGCAGGGUAACAGUCAUCAUAAUGUAGUGUGGUCGCGCUAGAAACUUGCUGACCGCAAGAUGCCGUACACCAAAGCAACGUUCUGUUCUUAAGAUAAACGUGGCAGACGUGGAUGAAACCUGAGUACUAUGAAACCUCCGCGAAACCAACGUUUUUUUCUAUAAACAUUCUGUGUACAGUAGCGCCAGUGGCCAAUACAUUGACCAGCUGCGCGAGGGCCCCAGCAAUUGUGUUAGUGUUGGUCAUGGGCAGUAGUGUUUAGUGAACGUACGAUGUGCGAUCGAUUUCAAUGGUCGUGGACAUCAGCAUUUGCGUGGUGGUGGUGGAGAAACAUGCGUGUCCGGAGUGCAUCGUUGGUGAACUGCAAAAGCGGGUGUGACGUGGCUCUGCUUUCUGCAUCUCGGAGACAGUGCUGUGAUGGUGUACAUGACUCUAACACCGUGCCUCACAGUGCAUGCUGGACUACUCCGUCACCCGUGGACUGUGGUGGCCAGCGCUGCGAGUUCAACAUUGGCACCGGUGAAGUACAGCGCUUCGGAUACAUCAGUGCCCAUCGAUGUGUUUUUAACUGCUUUAUGUCAUACGAUGUCUCAUUUACAAACUGUGUGGUGCCGUUUUUGGCACUUGACCUUAUUAUCAUGUCAUGGAAUUGUAGUGUGCUGUAGCUCCAGCACAGUAGUAAUUGAAAGCAUUUUCAGGUAGCUGCCUUUGUAUAUUUUGUUUAUGCAGUAGACUUCCGUUAUUUUGAUUCCCGAUGGUUUGAUCCCAAACCAACGUCCUGGCUGUUUUGGUGGAGAGAAGUACAUUUCUCUCAUUCAAAACUCUCAUUAUACUAUUGAUCGUCACUGGAAAAUUCUCAUUGAACGGCCAGCAACUACAUGCCUUCAAUCCAUUGACAGUCAUUUCUGACUAUUUAAUUCAUCAUGUGACCUAGCUGUAAUUGAUAGAAAGUCAGUGCACCGAGAGCAACUUAAACCCACCGAAAAAAAUGACUUUUAGCUUGUAUUCUGCGAUAUUACAAUGAAAACGCUCACAAUAUAUUUUUAUCCCUAACAGUCACCUUUUCCUUUAAAGUGGCAGAGAAGUUGCAAGCACAUCACUAUCACAUAUUAGGUUGCGUUUAUGAUGUCAUUGCUAAUGUAAUUGGAAAAUAGUGGCUCAGGUGCUUGCAUAGAUGUGACAACAGUGACGUACCACUUUAAAUUUUUACUUGCAAUUAACUCAUUCGGAAAAGUUAAUUUGCAUACUGAAGUGUGGUAAGAUGUUUGCACUGUGUGUUUUCAGUGUUCUGGAUAUCUCCAUACGAUUGGGGCAAACUGACAGUAAGUUAAACUUGGCUGGGCCAACUCAUAAAAAACUUGAAACAUCAAAUGCAGUGCACUUAAACAAGGGCGACAGUCAUAUGGACAACAGUUAUCAUUAAGUGUAAAUAAAUUUCUUGUCACUGAAGGCAAGCACAGCAGAUGUUACUGUACUUAUUGCCGUAAUCACAGGCAUGCUACAUCUCGUGUGCAUGUGUUAUAAACGAGCGUUUAUUAGGUUUGGUUGUUCAUUGUUUUCUUCUAUGAACCCAUAACUCUGUGUGCGUUACAUUUGUGGACAUGGUAGAAUAAACACCGCCAAGUAAAGCAGCACUGCAGUGAUUGGCUAUAUUUCACUGCUCCCAAUUCAAAUCGCACAAUGAUUUGAUCAAUUUUGUCAAUUCCGUCACUGUCGAAUUAUGGAAGUCCAACAUGUAUGUUACGUUGCCAUUGAAUUUGUGCACGGCAACCUAAAUUCAAUAUGCAUAGUAAGUAGAUGACCCACUAGUACAUGAAAUUUAUUGACAAUUUUAAUGCAGUUUUGGGACGUUAAACCCCAGAUAAUAUUAUUACAAUUUGAAUGCAUUCAUUUCGUUCAAAAAUAGGUCAUCUAAUAUUUUGAAAACUGGGCUAAGACAUGCCAUCGUAAAAAGAGCUGCUUUUUUGUCUUGUUAAUUUUCAUCGCAUUUUCAUCGAAUGAUACUUGUCACCGUAAGUAAACCAUUUUGUGCACAUGGUAUCACCUCAUUGAAAAUGCGUUUAUAGUAAGGAAAAAUAAAUCAUACUGUGUUGCAAGA